AUGAUCCUUUUUCCGCGCUGCCACCUUUUCGAGAUCGGUGAUCAACCAUGGUGUCCGACCUGGCUCAUUGUCUACAUCCAGUCCUACCUGACACAUGUAUGGAAUUUGCAUGUUCCGCUAAUCAGCAAGACUUCUCCUGCCGGCGUUGCCGCCGAUAUCAUCAUUGACAAUCAUCUAGACCCGUCCUCGUUCACUUUUGUGGAUCUGUGUUCGGGCUCUGGCGGUCCGUCGUCGACUAUUGAGUCUAUUUUGCAUGCGCGCUCCAAGGCUCAGGGGACGUCUUCCCCGCGCUUUAUUUUGACCGAUCUUCAUCCGCAUUUGCCAGAGUGGACGGCUGUUGCGAAGCGCCAGGAGAACGUGGAUUACGUGUCGGAGCCGGUCGAUGCGACAAAAUGUAAGAGGAUAGCACCGGCGAAUCACAAGGAAUGUCGAAUGUUUAAUCUCUGCUUUCAUCAUUUUGAUGAUGAGCCUGCGAGGGUCGUGUUGCGGAGUGCCGUGGAAUCGGGGGAUUCUUUCAUUAUCUUCGAGCUUGCGCAACGGAAUUUCACUUCCCUGCUAAAUAUUCCGGUUAUGAUUAUCUUUCCCUUCUUCCACACUAUAACGAAACAUUGGAAGUCCCCUCUGUAUUUGUACUUUACCUAUCUUGUACCCCUGCUUUCUUUUGCCGUUUCGUUUGAUGGACUGGUUUCUACGAUGAGGUGUCGGACGCCAAAAGAGAUUCGGAGCCUCCUGGAUCAGCCGGACUUAGAUGUCAGUGAAUGGGAUUUCAAAUCAGGGAAUAGGAUGGUGUUCUGGCCAUUUGUUAAUAUCUACUGGUAUGCAGGGGUCAAGAGGGGCGAUCAAUGA